CUCCCUCUCUCUUCUGCUAUCUGCAACAUCCGCGCAACUUUCAUUCCUUCUUAUAAUUCCGCUUGUUUUUAAUUCUGCAGGAUUUGGAUUGAGCAAAUGUUCAGUUUGAACCACACUCGCAUUAAGCAUAUAGCCUGUAACUACCCCCCCACACACCCCCCACACCCCAAAAAUACAUAAAUAACCUCAAUUUUCAUAAAGUAAAAUUGGAUUGAGAUCAUUUUAGUUUCUACUCUUUGUGGAUUCAAAUGGUUUACAUGAGUAUCACAUUACUCAUGUUCUAUGACGGCCUUUGUUAUUCUGCUUACACCCCUUUGUCCCCCCCCCCCCCCAAUAGAUUAGUUUCUUGCUGACCAUCCAAGUUCUUCUUCAUGCUUUGUCAAUUGCUUCUUUUUUUUGCAGAGCUGCUACUCUUUUUAUCAGUUGCCAUGGAUAUGUAUGUGUUUCUGUGUGAGAGUGGGAUGUUUCAUUUCCAGUUCAUGUUUUUUUUUUUUUUUUUUGGGUGUAUUUGUGAAGACUGCAUGUGCUUUCCAGUGUCCCAAAGUUGGUCUUUGACAUCGGCUGAUGUUUGCUUCUCCCCAUCCAAUCUCGUCUUGCAUCCUAUACUUUGCUGUUGUAAAGUGGAUCACACUUUAAAUCCAAAUAAAAAAGGAUAAUAGUGAGUAAGUAAGCGUAAUGCAUUGUUGUUUGUGCACUUUUAACAGAUCCAACCUUUAAAUGAUUAAUUUAGAGGUUUAUUACCAUUUAGGAAAAAAGGGUUAUCUUUAAUCACGUCUCAGUUUUCUAACCGUUUCAUAUCCACCAGCGUCAUGUCUGUGAUAUAGAGACGGAUGAAGAAAUAACCGGGUUACACCGUCUUUAACCGGGAUUUAUGUAACACAGUCUUUAUAUAUGCCCACGAAAUGAUCUAUGACACAUUCAGGAUAUAACAAUUAGCAAAACACAUUUUUGUAACAUGUUUACAUAGCAGGUAUAAAAAAUACAAAAUGCUUUGAAGCAUAACAAUUGCUGGUGCCUCCACACUUUUGCACCUAUAUGGACAGUGUUUGUUGGACUGUCAGGCAUUUUUUUCAGUUACCAUAAUUAAAGGGAUUAGAGAAUAUUAAAAUACAAAUGAGUCACCCACAGACUGAAAAAACCCAACACCGAGCACCUUAAAGGACAGGUUCACAUUUUUUCCAACUCUGUCACAUGCCCAUAUGUACACUAUAAGAGUUAUUGGACUUUGCUUCUAUUCCUCCUCCACACACAUGUAAGCAUCUGUGAAGCAACUAAUCCCACAGUCUUCCUCGUGUGCAAAAGCUUAUUUUUAAAUCCAGCCGAAGCUAAAAGGACAGACACUCUGCUGCUUACAUGAGGAUCAGUUUACUUGUCAUUGGGAAAGACUGGCUUUUACCAGACAGGGGAAGUUGAAGAAUAGAUGCUAUGGAGUUGACUUAUGGGAAACCUAUAGCAUCCACUGUUUUCGGACCUUGAUGCAUACUAGGGACUAACUGGUCUGUUACUCAAACUGGACUUGAUCGUAUGUCAUGUCUCACUGUACCUGAAACAACAUUUCCCCCACCAACGCAACAUUUUGUUUAAAGGCAGGGCUGAUAUCAGUCUGAACGCCCACUAAACGUCUGGGUAUCUCUGCCUCUGCUGCUUUGAAUUUAAUUAUUCUUUAUGAGUAUGGACUAGAGAAACGGUUCUAACGAUUACUAAUUCUCUCAAUGUUACACACAGGCAUGUGAGUGUUGUAUUAAGAUAGACUUGAAAACAUCUGAAUCUGUUCUUUAAUCGGUUUCUGUGGCCGAUUUGAAUGAACUUUAAUGGCCCAUGUGAUACAUCUAUCCUUGGCAAUAGUAGUGAGUUAGGGGCAUUAUUCCUAUGCUGACAUAUUACAUACAUUUUUGGAACAUACAUCAUGUAAGCAACUAGAUGUUGAUGGUAUUAGGGCCACAAUGGGCACAACAUCUCUCUUAUCAUGUGCUUUUUAGUAUCAUGUCCAAAAACUAUUUCUAAAGUCUGAACCUUUGGGUCCUCUGGUUAACAUAUACACCAUGCAGCUUCACAUACCACUGUCUUAAUAACACCUUUAGAUAAAAUAAUAUUCGUACGUCUUGACGGUUCCUCAAGCUUUAAAAGCAUCAAAAGAUAAUUUUAUGGAAAUGUUUCAGGUGUGCAAGCUUGAGCCUUAUUAGCAGUGCAGCAGCCCUACUAUAAAUAAGACUGUGUGAGACAUUAAGCCCAAUAUACAUAUUCAAGAAGUAACUUGGAUGAACUUUGUUGUACUCCCAUCGUGAUUAUGCAGCGCAGUGGGCGGCCGGCCGUUAUCAUUUAGUUUUAUUUUCGGGUGUAACAAACUCAGAGACGGAACAGCGCAGGGCGGACUCGAGCUGCAUUUGGAGGCGUUGGUUUCUGUUUCUGUCUAUCUCACGCGCUAUCUCCGCCCUCAAGGGAUAGACUUCAACGUUUACCGACCACCUUUUUUUUUUUUUUUCACGCACUGCUGUUAAAAUCAAAAUUAGGUGUGACGGACUGCAAGAGCGCAAAGGACAAACUGCGUUAAUUUACCACCGGAUUCCCCCCCCUCCUCGUUAUGAACGUCUGGAUUUUGGGGACGUCGUUAUGCCACGCAGGGUGAACUAGAGCCGCUUACCAAGAAAAAAAAUCACCCGAGCUAAGAAGCGAGGAGCACGUCAAAAAAAAAAAAAAAAAUGUGCAUGAAUCAGAUGCUGCUGCAUAUCAUCGGGAUACCGCCUGCAAAAACCUCUGGGAUGUUUAUUUUUGUGCUUUUGUGAUUUAGUGCGCUCAAUUUGCAGCAGGUCCGCGCGCUGCUCUUGAGUUGGCGUAGCCCACAGCGUCGCCUUGAUAAUUAUCCUCAUUUUGAUAUCGGUAAUCGGGGGGAUUCAUGUGCAGUAGUUGUAACCAUGCAGCACCCGUGUGUUGGGUCGUGAAUCUCUGCGGUGUUUUUCAAUGUAAAUAUAGCCUAAGUGAUACAUGAUGAACUAAUUGGCUCCGUGGAUCUUCAGAGCAAACGCGCUAAUAGGACUUCUUAUCGUUCCCUCAUCAUAAAGCGACGCAGGGGGGCUGUUUGAAUUCACAUGUGCCCAGAACAAACAACUAAGAUGACAAAACCCGUCUUCAGAGGAGAUUCUCUUUACUGCCGAGGAAACUGCAUUGAGAUCACAUCUCAGUUCCUGGAUUGCAAUAGAGUUGGAGGACAGGGAGCAGAGGAAGAAGAGAGGGAGGAGAAGCAGAGGAGAGCUGCUGAGCUGCACAACAGAGCCACUGCUGACAGGCGAGCUUUGGCUUCCGUGAUGGACUGAGCUAAAGGUGACGGGACCCCUGUGACAGCCAGCUUCACCUUUUUCCUCAACAGCAUUCACACUUCACAAAGGCAUGUAUGGACACACUGCAGCAUAUAGGUGAGAACAGGAGGAGCUGCCCACAUUGAACACAUGAAAUUGGCCUGAUGAUUCAAAUACGACUGUCUCUCAAAGUGGACAACACUGGCCUUUUAUUUGGAAACGGUCUCUCAGGUCUGCACAAACUGAUUCUACCUUUGUCCCGAGAAAUAAGUAAACCUGGAACCUCAGCCCCUUCCCAAGUGCCCUGGAAACCCACCGGAUUCCGUCUGCAACCACAGAUGUAACUAAGCUGUCAAGAUUUCGUCGCCAGGAAGUCCUGUGAUUUUGGGUAAGUGUUGUACGCAUGCGUGGGCGGAAAGUAAAGUGAUAUUCUCCGAUUAUCUAUCCCGUCUCACAGUGAAGUGUUCACCAAAUGUUGGUGGCAGCUGGCCUCUGGAGAGGCUCUCUAAUCGUGCUGUUGAAGCUGGUCGUCCACCUUACAGCUUGAAUAUUAUUCUGCAACACAGGCAGGAGGGUCUCUACCAGCUGUUCGUACUCACCAGAGUUGUUCAGGUGUGGGGGGGGGCAGGGUCUUGCUGAACCUGUUGUUAAGGUGAUGCAUUGUAGGCCAGAUGACCUCCAGUGACACAGUGAGUAAAUUCAGCCAAAGUGGGAGAUAAGUACAAAGGUAGAACAUUUAAGAUUUGCCUAAUAAUUGUAUCCAAACACCCGGGUCCUUGUGAAAGUUGUCUUUCAUGUGUUUCAUGGUGCAUUUUUUUAGGAAUCAUUUUACCAGUUUAUGUUGGAGACAUUCUCCUAAAAAGGUGUAGGUCGUUAAGGGAAUUUGGCACAAAAGCAAAAUGAGCCGCUGUUGUGAUUUGAUUGCUGUACAGCAAGGCUCCCCUCCUCGAGCAUCGCCCAGAUGAGUGUUUGAUAAGACAAUUUAUGGAGGGUUUCCACAUAUAAAGUCAGGAUUAUGCACCAUGUUCUUUCCAGGAUAUGAGGCCUUAAGUAUCACAUGCUAAAUUGAAAUACUACAUAACAUGCAUUUUGUCCAACUAAAUAUGCUUUAGUUAGUUCAUGUUUAUGAAUGCAGUUUUCUGGCAUAUGAAGCCACACAAGUUUCAUGAAUUUGCAUUUAAAAGUUGCAUUUCUAACUGCAUGUUUUAAUGCAGCGUCUGCAAAUUGUCACAAAGCUGCUUUCAUUAAGUGUCACUGCCGCAAGAUGCAUUUAGUACACAUAAUAUUGGAUAUCGCAUUUCCUAUAAUAUCGUGGCACAAAAUGCAACAUCUUUCAUUUUACUUAAAGUGGACAUGAAGCAGUCAACCAAGUUAAGCUGAUUUAGUAAAUGUAUUUCUAAUAAUUAUACAACACACGUGACUAAUGUAAGCAUUUAAAAGAAAAAUGAAGCUCCGUGGCUUUAGUGGCAAGAGCGCCGCCAUGUUGCAGUAUUCCUGUUAGGACACAAGGUUGGUUGGCUCGGCCGAGUUCAACAAAUACAACGGUAGAGACGGUGAAAGACGGAGACUGAGGAGCUACAGGACUGAAGAAGACAAAAGGGAGGCUGCUAUUGUAAGGCUCCUGGAUGUAAAAAAUAGUUUUCCAAGGUUAAAACCAACAGCAAAAGAGUCCAACAGAACUGCUGUGCAAAAGCCCUCCGAUGGGAACUGACUCCAGCUGCAGCUGACAUGGUCUCCCCAUCUGACAUGUAACAUGCUGGGAGCUUCCGCUAGCUAGCUACCAGCUCAACAUUAGCAAACCAAAACCACCGCCACAAAGUAACUUUCCUUUUGACUGAUGUCACCAAAACAGUGACUCGGGACUCUAGUGUCUUUUAGCUUUUCUGUUGCCCUCCUCCUGUUUUAGGAUUUCUUCUUUUGAACAUUUCUUAAAUUAAUAAAAAAUAAAAAAUACCGUAGCCGUUACGAACUAAUGUAACACACACAACGUUAUUCAACCCAAAGUGUUGACCAUCUGACCGUCCACCGCUGGAGGCGAACCAACCCUGUUACGAAUGCAACGAUAUCACUCCAACAUGGCGGCUCGCUAGCUAGAUAGCUUGGUAGCAAUUACGAAAAUAAAUGUAUCGUAUCUUAUGAAUCAGAUUUUAUACAUGGUGACUUUUCUAAUAUAUGUGGGCACUAAGUAGGAACAAAGUUGAAAUGACCAAAUAGGAUUUGGCAGGGUUAUUUUACCUUUCUCAAAUUAGUGUACUCUCUGCCAAAAGAGUCCCACUUUCACUGGACACUGCACCGGGGUUUCUGUGUGUGUUGCGGAUGAAUAGAUGAAAAGAUAAUUUUUUCCUCCACCGCAGUGGGCAACAACAGUUCUAUUUGAUGUUUGGACACUGUAAUGUAUCACAAGUAUGAUUGGAGGGCACUAUCUUUACAGUCCAUUAUAUUGCAUGGUGGCUCUUACAUAUAUAGCAAAAAAAAAAAAAAAAAAUGCAGUGGCGAGAGAGAGAAGAGCUUCAGUUAAUGAAAUGUCUGAGGCUGCACACUUGAUAGAACGAGAUAAGUCCGGCUCACUCUGACUCAUUCCCCUCGCAGGAUUUCCUCGUCGUCCUCCGUAUGAAGUGCCUUUGAGAUAUGACCUAUCUCAUACAUCUCUUUAUGGAAUUAUUUUCUUAGUUUAGCUGAAAUAGAGAGGCGAGAGUCGUGGACAUCUAUUAAUCUUUCUCUGGUCCUCGUGAGCUGUUGAGAAUCUGGACUCCUUGCCUCUCUGCCACAGUUGUCAGCCGGGAGCCUGACAGCCGGCAAAGAUCUGAAUCUACUCCAACACCACGUUUCCGUCAUAAUUCUGCUGCUCUUCAGCCAUCUUGAAUGCAACGCAUGGAGGGGGCUCUCUCUCGCUGCCAAGGACAGAAAGGCUUUGUCAGUCUGUUUGUCAGAAUGUUCUCUAAAAAAAGUAGGUACUCCUGUCAGCGAGCUCCUGUCCUGCAAUCUUCUCAAAUUGUUUUCGUUUGCCUCAGGCCAUGAAUUUCUUUGUCAUCCUCCAUUUUUUUGAGCAACCCAACAGAGAAAACACAAGAUAUUUUACCCCUCUGGUAAUUCUUCUCCACCCCGAGCCUCUGUUCUCACUCAGCACAGUCAAUGACACAUCAUACUCUUGUCUUCUCUUGCAGAACUGCCUAACAAACCUCUCCUCCUAUUCACCUCCUCUUAAUGUCUUCCUACAUUGCCACUUGUUAGCCACCUCUGAAAACAAUAUGUAAUGGUAGUUUUUAUUUUAAUUCCAGAGAACAAGGCACAUUAAACACUGAUGUGUCGGUAGGAGUGCUUAUCAAUUAAUCAUAGUAACAGCGUGUGGUUAGGCGGCAUCAUGACAUUUAGUCUACAUUGCUAUAAAGGGCAGCUAUGAUAAGUUGAACCUUGCUUGUAAUAAACGCAAGUUUUAUAAUUUACAUUUGAACUAAAAUGAUUUAGUUUUCAUCGUAUUUGUCUAUAUUAAUGUUACUUAACUUUUUUAUUUAUUUUUUAUUUCCAUGCACAAUAACGUUAAUUUUCUUGCUGUUGUUGUAAGUGACGGCCUAUGAAUCGUAAAAACAACUUGUGUCUGUGCGAUUAUAGCUGCAUGGACACAUCUUCAAAGACGUGGCUGCCGCAUCAGAGUCAGUUUGGGUUGGUUGGUCAAGCGGAGGUUUGCGGUGGCGGACCUGGAGUUUUAACCCCAAACCAAUCCCGCAGGGCAAGUUUUGCCUCUGUAAGACAGUCAAGCAUGGAGACCCCUCCCAAUGCCACCCCGCAGCCCUUCAGACAGCCGAAACUUCAGAGUUUUCUCAAUCGAAAGCUGAAGGGCUCCAUCAAGAGGGCCAAAAGUCAGCCCAAACUGGACCGGACCAGCAGCUUCAGACAAAUGAUUUUGCCCCGGUUUCGAAGUGCUGACCAAGAGAGGACACGCUUGAUGCAGAGCUUCAAAGAAUCCCACUCCCACGAAUCCCUACUUUCUCCUAGCAGUGCUGCGGAGGCUUUGGACCUAGUUUUGGAUGAAGAUGCCAUAAUCAAACCUGUCCACUCGAGCAUUUUAGGACAAGAGUACUGCUUUGAGGUGACCACCAAUUCAGGGACAAAAUGUUUUGCCUGCCGUUCUGCUUCUGAAAGAGACAAGUGGAUUGAAAAUCUGCAACGAGCUGUCAAACCUAACAAGAACUCCUCGUUUCCCUCCCAGGACAACAGCAGACGGGUUGAGAAUGUGCUCAAGUUGUGGAUCAUUGAAGCUCGGGACCUUCCGGCUAAGAAACGCUACUAUUGUGAACUGUGUCUGGAUGACAUGCUGUACGCACGCACCACCAGCAAACCCCGGACCGACACCGUGUUCUGGGGCGAGCAUUUUGAAUUUAACAAUUUGCCUACCAUUCGUAGCCUUCGAUUGCACCUCUACAAGGAAACUGACAAAAAAAGACGAAAGGAGAAAAGCACAUAUCUUGGCCUUGUCAGCAUCCCCAUCUCCAGCAUCACGGGCCGGCAAUUUGUGGAGCAGUGGUACCCGGUGAUACAGUCCAGUGUCUUGAACAAAAGCGGUGGUGUUGGAAGUACCAAAGUGAUCAACGCCUCACUGCGUGUCAAGUCUCGUUACCAGACUAUGAACAUCCUCCCUAUGGAGCUGUACAAGGAGUUUGCGGAGUACAUUACCAACAACUACAGAACACUGUGCGCAGUUCUGGAGCCGCUGUUGAGCGUGAAAAGCAAGGAGGAGGUGGCGUUCGCUCUGGUGCACAUCCUGCAAAGCACAGGGAAGACAAAGGAGUUCCUGUCGGACAUGGCGAUGUGUGAGGUGGAUCGGUUCAUGGACCGUGAGCACUUGAUCUUUCGUGAGAACACGCUAGCUACGAAGGCUGUGGAAGAGUACCUCAAACUGAUAGGUCACAGAUACCUCAAGGAUGCUAUAGGUGACUUCAUUCGAGCCUUAUAUGAGUCUGAGGAGAACUGUGAGGUGGAUCCCAUGCGUGUCCCGCCGUCAGUCCUCGCUGACCAUCAAGCUAACCUUCGAAUGUGUUGUGAGCUGUUACUCUGCAAGAUCAUCAACUCUCUCUGCAUAUUUCCCCGAGAGCUGAAGGAAGUGUUUGCGUCGUGGAGAGCCAGAUGUGCUGAGCGUGGAAGAGAGGAUCUUGCCGACAGCCUCAUCAGCUCCUCCCUAUUUCUUCGCUUCAUGUGCCCAGCCAUCAUGUCCCCCUCCCUGUUCAACCUAAUGCAGGAGUACCCCGCUGAGCGCACGUCCCGCACACUCACGCUUAUUGCCAAGGUGAUGCAGAACCUGGCCAGCUUCAGCAAAUUUGGACCCAAGGAGGAAUACAUGUAUUUCAUGAACGAGUUUCUGGAGAUGGAGUGGGGCUCCAUGCAGCAGUUUCUCUAUGAGAUUUCCAACAUGGAGGCCGGGGGAAACGCCGGAGGGUUUGAGGGCUACAUUGACCUCGGAAGAGAACUGUCCAUGCUCCACAGCUUACUGUGGGAAGUCAUGGGCCAGCUUAGCAAGGAUGCCAUUCUCAAACUCGGACCCCUACCGAGGCUGCUGAAUGACAUCAGCGUCGCCCUGAGGAACCCGCAGCUCCACAUGCCUACAAAUCACCAGCCGGACAGACCGAAGGACAGACUCUUCUCGCGCCCAUCUUUCAAUCGUCUAAUGUCCUCUGACUUCCAAAGCCUUAUGAUGCGUGACUUAAACAGUUCGAUAGACAUCUCUCGCCUGCCAUCCCCUACGACCGGAGUCUCAGCUGUAGAAUCCCUCUCGUCUAACCUGAACAUGAGGCGUCAUGCGGAACGAGACCUCCGCUCGUCGAGGGAAGUGUUCUACGUGACCCGCCCACCGCUGGCUCGAUCCAGCCCCGCAUACUGCACAAGCAGCUCGGACAUCACCGAACCUGAUCCAAAGGUCCAUAGUGUGAAUAAAAGUGUGUCCAUGAUGGACCUUCAGGAUUCCCGCAUGAACAGCAUUUCCAACCUCAACUCUGUGGGAGACAUGCUCACCUCCUCUCAAGCCUCUAUUGCCGGCCUGGGCCACAGCUUCGGAAACCUCUGUGGUCCUCCUCGUAUGGGAGGGCAUAUGCCAGCGGGCUCUGCGGGGUCUGGUUUGAGGCUGAGCCAGAUGGGCCACAUCGGGGGGCCCACCGAAUCCAUCUCUCAACAGCAGCAGCAGGCGGCAGCGGCCAUGCACUUCCCCCUGUCUUUCCAGAACCCUCUAUUCCAUCUGGCCGCCCAGAACUCCCCGGCUCAGUCUCAGCCUCACCCCCCUCCUCUCCUCCUCGCCCCAGAGCCAGAGAAUGGCCACCACGACUAUGCACCGGCCUUUGGCAACAGUGCUUUCUCCCGCAGUGAGGACUUGUCUGCCCUGCGGUCACAAAGCAGUCUGGUGCAGCCCAGCAUUGUGCACUCGCACAGUUACAGUGAUGAUUUCACCCGGCAGAAUCAGGGCAAUGACUUCGCCUGGCACCAACUGUCACUGCAGGUGCAGGAGUCUCUUCAGCAACAACACCUGAUGGGAGUUGUAUCUCAGUCAGGCACUGGGACGGGCACCCCAGCCUCCUUGGCCACACCACCUACUACAGUUCACCCUAUACGCCACUCGUCCAUGGCUGCGCCACAACACCUCAAGUCGCAGCGGUCUAUUAACACUCCAGCCACCGCUACACCUCCAAAAGUUCGCCCGCAGAGCCGGAACCUCCUCCUUGACUCUUCUGACACAAACUUCAGCGGCAGUCAUCCGAAAUCACGCCAUUCUCAGCAGCCGCAACAGCAUCAGCAUCAGCAACAGCAACAGCAUCAACAACAGCAACAGCAUCAACAACAGCAACAGCAUCAACAGCAUCAACAAGAAGCGCAGCUGUCGGUGACAGACAGUCCAGCUCCCGGACUCCCAUACCAGACGAGCUCCGCCAAAGAGAACCAGGGCCCUCAACCAGCUGCAGAGGAGUCAACAGACACGCCCACGAAAAGCACCAAGAAGUCUCAACAGACACAACUGCAGCCGCCACAGCAGCAUCUGCUCAAACCAGGCAAUAAACAGGGUUCUCAGUCGACCUUGACCACCCCGGCCCUCAAUGAACGGACAGUCGCUUGGGUGUCCAACAUGCCACAUCUCUCUGCUGACAUCGAGAGCCUGCGGCCAGACCGUGAGGGUCAGCUGAAAGAGUACUCCAAGAGCAUGGAUGAGUCGCGACUGGAGAGGGUAAAAGAGUACGAAGACGAGAUAUAUGCCUUGAAGGAGCGGCUGAAGAUGUCUCAUCGCAAGCUCGAAGAAUAUGAGCACAGACUCGUGUCGCAGGAACAGCAGACGAGCAAGAUCCUAAUGCAGUAUCAGAACCGCCUGGACGACAGUGAGCGCCGUCUAAAGCAGCAACAAGUGGAGAAGGACUCUCAAAUCAAAGGCAUCAUCAACAGACUCAUGGCUGUGGAAGAUGAGCUGAGAGUGGGUGCCAUUCCUGAUAUUAAGCCUCGAAUCCUCACAGACCAGGUUUGUGCCUGUGUCUACAUCUUUUAUCGUUCCUAUUUGCUAAACCAGUCAUGUCCUCAAACAGCUUGCAUCAUUCUUACAUCACAUUCAGCGCAUUUGCCAAAGCCAGUGCAGGGGAAAAGUUUGCAGCUGUCAUACACUUCACCUAUUCCCAUCUUUCAAAAGUACGUUUGUCACAUCUGGAAAAAAAACAUUUCACCAUUUAUUCUGCACGCGGAGGGGGAAAAUACAGUGCUCAUCCUCAAAAUCAAGGGCUUGAUGGAGCUUAAAUUUAUGUGCAGAGGUUAAUCUAGGUCUGAAGGAAUACCAAGUCUUCAGCACUGAACCCGAUUAUAUACCACGAAAAGAUUAUUAUCAUUAUACCACAGAACGCAUCCAUCGUCAGAAAACCUUGACUGUGACUCACCAGCGCAUCAUAGUAAUUCUGCAGGGCUCAGUGUCGUGAAUGCACCAUGUGGGCUGGAAUGUGACGCAGGUGAAGAAGCUGUAUGUGUGUGUGUGUGUCGCUUUCACGCCGAAAUAAACAUUUGCUGUCGUCAGAAAAAAAAAAAAAAGGAAUGUACUCCACUGGGCCUGCUGUGAGAUUGUAAUUGUUUUUACAACAGACUUCUUAAACAAAUAGGAAUGCGUGAUGAGAAUAGAGCCCAGCUCUGCAGCCCAAUUUAGAGUGUAGUAAAGCAGGAUUAGUUUGCAAGCCGUCCUUGGCUCAAACUAUAGUCACAGCUGUAAAAGCAACACUCAUGGUCUUGAGUGUUUCAGUUAAUGGAUUCACAGUGAAAGUAAGUGUUGAGAAAUGCUUGUCCUUGGGAUUAGGAGAGGUUUGUUUAUUACUCUUAAGCGAGUGUGAACAGUUCUUUCCCAUGGACAGAAAACCAAAUUGAGAUUUAAAGGAACAGUUCAGCAUUUUCGGAAAUACGUAUAAUUUGCUGUCUUGCGAAGACUUAAAUGAGAAGAUCAAUACAAGUCUCGUGUCUGUAUGUUAAAUAUGUAGUUGGAACCUUGCGGACGGCUAGCUUAGCUUAGCACAAAGACUGGACACAGGAGCAGUCAUUUCCUGAGGUUUCCACUGAUUGACAAAGCCCAGACCAUCCGGGGCUGAGGUCUACAUUUUUUUUCGGUGGUCCCUGCUGUUCUGCCCGGACACUACUGCCGAAAUUCAGUUCAAUUAUAUUAUAUGACUACUGCAGCCAUUACAUUUAAUUUAAUAGUGAUGUUAAGACAAUUGCUCUGGGCAAAAUGGAGAGCUGCAGGUCAGCUGAGAAUUCUCAAACUGAUGGCACCAGUGUUUAAUUGGUACUUUACUUUAUUAUUAUUAUUCAUAUUUUUAUUAUCAUCAUUAUUGCUAUGCAGUUGAUUCAAUGUGUUUGGGGCACAUUCUAAAGAGUACAGUAACAACAAUACACCCAGAGAGAAAGUACCAAACUCCCUUAAAAUAAUGUGGAGUUUUGUGAGUUUAGGGGAAACUUUAUAAAACGCUGUUUACAACAAACUCUUAAUUAUUUGUCGCCUCUUGUAAAUUCGGCUAAUGUGAAUAGGUGAGUUAUUCUUGUCUUAAUAUAAACAAAAAAGAAGUCAGUUAGUCCUGGUGUGUCUAGUAGUUAGCUGUAACUUAUAUAACUCAUGCUUAUAUGUUCACGUAACUUGGAACUCUACAGACAUUUACACACUUUCUUGUCCUCGCUCAGCAUGAGUUUAUGCCACUGCUUCCCUUCUUUUAACCAGUAAAGCAAUCUUCAUAUCAACGACUGACUGUGUAAGAUGCACUAGCUAGUGAUUGACAGACCUGUCGCCCAAUAAGUAUUUCCGCAUAUUUUCCUGUAAACCAUCACUAAAUUGUCUCGUCUUGCCUCCAUUCUGUUUAUUGAAGAUACAAAAUUACAACACUGCUGUCUUCUUUAGUGACAAUUAACCACUCAGUGGAGAAUUAUUCAGGGCUAGAGAACAAAAAAUCUUCAGAACAGAAUGGCCAGGCGGCACCACUGGCCGUUUUUUUACCCGUUUCCAGUCGUUCUGCGAAGCUGUUGCAGACAUAAGAGUAGUAUUUUGGAGGGUGAUCUUCUCAUUUAACUCUCGUAAAGAAAGAAAAUAAACUAAUUUUUUCAAAAUGUCAAACUAUUCCUUUAAACUUAAUUAAGCUGUAAACAGAGUAAGUAGUUAUUUCAUCUGUUUUCUCUCCCUUCCGUCUAUC